CAACUUGCAGGCUGUCUUGUAAGCUGUGGCAACUUCUCACCGUCAUCUCUAUCGACACACAACAUGCCUUCCGACGACGAGGACUACGAAUUAGAAUCAGGCGACGAAAAUCCCGUGGCGUCAUCGUCCAAGUCGACUUCCAAGCGGGCAAAGAAGGAAUCUGAAGAGUACCGUUUAUCCAACGCGCUCAAAGUACCUCGAGCGACGACCUACACUGCGCAGGCUCUCUACGAACAGAUUAUCAGCAAUGACAUUGAUCUUGAUCCUGAGUAUCAACGUGGUGAUGUGUGGACAGAGAGCAAACAAACAGGCCUCAUAGAUUCUAUUUUGCGAAAUUUCUAUAUUCCUCCUGUUAUCUUUGCGGUGAAUCUAUAUGAGGAUGGGACCGAGACGAGGACGUGUAUUGACGGAAAGCAACGGUUGACUUCGAUCCAUCGGUUCAUGGAGGGUCUCAUACCACACCGAGACCACGACACAGCCCGGAAGUAUUGGUACAGGGAUCACCCAGGCGUUCUCCGAAAGCAAAAGAACAUUCUUCCCGAAGCACUCCGGCGCCUCUUUGCGAAUAAACAAAUUGUUUGCGUGGAGUAUUCAGACUUGACGGAUGAAGGUGAACGUGACAUCUUCCAACGCGUUCAGCUAGGCGUGGCGCUGACUGCUGCUGAGAAACUUCAAGCUAUCAGCGGUCCGCGUGUUCAGAUCAUUCGGGAACUACUUGCCACUCAUCCACUUGAUAAUAUACCUUUUGACCGAUCCCGGGCUACUGACUUCCGCUGCUUUGUCACAUUGGCCCAUGCACUGACGAAGUACCCCAAGAUAAACAGCGUUGUCCUCGAGCCGGCUCGGCUUACCAAGUGGUUGAAAUCGGAGGAAGAAGUGUCAGACGCGUUUCGGACCAAGAUGGAGGAGACCCUUGUGCGCAUGGCGGAAGUGAGCGUACCGGAUAAGGGUAAGGAGAAGGUAUCACCAGUUGAGGUGGUGUACAUCGGCGUGCUGGCUAACGCCGUAUCGGACGGACGCGAUCUCUCUGACCUGGUCGCGGAAAUGAGGAACGAUACCAGAGCAGUUUUCAAGAAUUCGAUGAAGUUGAAUGCAGAGGUCGGGAAGCACAUGAUGGAAUUCGUGAAGCGUGUGGAUCCGAACAGGAAGAGGGAAAGAGAGGACGAUGACGGGGAGGAGACGCCGAAGAAGAGAAGAUCGAUAAAGAAUGCCGCUGAAAGCACCAAGAAGUCGAGGGCGCAGCAACAGAUGGAGGACUAUCAGGAAUCGAAGGAAAGGAUCAGGCUGAUAAAGGAGAGUGCGACGUCGAAUCCGCAGAGACUGCCGUCGCCCAUGGUGACAUAAAACUGUUCAACUAGGUAUAUAUGUAUCAACACUUCCACUGUAUACUUACCCGCAGAUACAUUUCAAACCUGCUUUGCACCCAAAACUACAAGACUCAUAUCGACCGUCAUUAUCAAUCACCAUCAGCGUCGGUCCAAUUGCAAACUAAACGCAAAUGGUACGAUGAACAUGAUACCAUGAAUGUAAUUUUCGAACCUUUUUAGCGG